GGUCAUGUUAUUUUUUUACCUUUCUCGUAUGACAGUUCUACCACCGAAUUAUAAGAUACCUCCUGACGUAUGAUUAGAACUAUUAAAGGGCCUAAUACCCUACGUGCUCACUAACUUCACUCGACUACUUUGUUUAUCAAUCCAACAAAAUAUUUAAGCAACCAAUUGAUAGUCAAUUAUUUCUCCUAAUGAGGAAUUAAAUAAUUGCACAAUGGCAUCAGACAACCUGGACCCAACCAUAUCAUCUGUUGACGAGGCGAAGAGUAUGGGUCAGCCACUGUCAGACUUCCUAGUGCAAUUGGAGGAUUAUGUACCAACAAUACCAGAUGCAGUAAGUGAAUAUUAUCUACAGACAGCAGGAUUUAACACCACAGAUCCUCGAAUAGUUCGAUUAGUCUCCCUGGCGGCUCAAAAAUUCAUCUCGGAAGUAGCUAAUGAUGCUCUGCAGCACUGCAAAACCAGGGGAGCUAAUCCGUCAACAAAAUCAAAGAACAAAGAUCGGAAAUACACCUUAACAAUGGAAGAUCUCACUCCAGCUAUUGCUGAGCAUGGAAUUAUCGUCAAGAAACCUCACUAUUUUGUAUAAAAGUUACGAUUCCUCAAUAUUUGUAAUUCCAACCUAUCAGCUUUACCGGAAUUUACAAACUCUUCAUUUUUAAUCAGAUUUAAUUGUUACUCCACACAAUUAUUACAAGAUCGUCGUUUGUUUAUUACUGAGACUCAACCAGAGAAUAAAAAAAUGAAUCCAUCGACCUUUCCAGCACACUCAGGACACCCAGAACACAACGACAACAGAAUGUAAACCGUUUUACCAAUUAAACAAUUGUUUUUAUGAA